AUGGAGACGAAAAACAAUUCAACUAUAGAGAAACUAAAGUAUUUGCCGCUAACUGUUAUCUUCGUACUUAUUACGUUCAUUGGAAUAGUGGGGAAUAUUCUUGUCCUUAUAAUUUAUAAAAGGAAAUUUACAAGAUCAAGUGCAAGAUGUUACAUUCUUAGUCUAGCUAUUGCAGAUCUAAGUGUGAGCGUGGUUGGAAUACCAUACCAUGUUUUGGACUUGACACUUAUUUUAACAUACACUCAUACAAACGUGUGUAGAAUAUUAAGUUUCUUAAUUGGAGCUUGUACGCUUAGUUCGGUAUUUAUUCUUCUUGUGGUUGGACUUGAUAGAUAUUUUAAGGUUUGCAGACCUUUGAAAAGACAAAUUAAAGAUUUUGGCGACAGAAAAGCAUGUUUACUGGCUAGUUUCGUUGCCAUAGUGAUAUCCGUUCCUCAUGGUAUUAUAUACGGACAAAGUACCGUACAGACGCAAGUUGACAAUCUUACCGGCGUGGAAUGUUUUAUAUCUGACGGAUAUCAAGGCUCGGAGUUAGCUGUUGGCUAUCUAGGUUUCAACAUGUUAGUUUUUGUGAUGUCGGUGAUAUUUCUAAUCAUAAUAUAUGGAUUUAUUUGCCGAAAGAUUUACCAUCAUGAUCGAAUGUCGGGGGAGAUAACCUUAGAAAAGACAAAAACAUUUUGUUUUUGUUGUGCUGUACGAAAUCAAGAAGAUGAAAUGCCUGGUAAGAAAUCUGCAAGCGUUCUGGACAAAGGUAAUUCUGAUGACAUUGAUGACACAGAUACAGAUCUUCAAAGUGUUGAACCGGAAACUGAAAAUGCAGAUGAAGAACUUACAAAGUUAAAUGAGGAAAAGGGUAAAAGUAAUAUAAAAGGAUCUGCACGAAAUAGUUGUGCAAUGGUACGUCACGUAAGACCGGGAUCUAAAGCGGUAGAGAAGAAUACUAUGAAGAUAACUUUAAUGAUGUUGACUAUCACAGUAGUAUUCAUUAUUUCCUAUCUCCCUUUUAUUGUAAUUUCAAUCUUAGAUUCAACAGAUGAAGACUUCUGGGCAGAUCGUGGUAUUAUAGAAUCUGUAUUUCUUGAUUUCAUGCUAAGAUUAUAUCUUGUUAAUAACGUAGCCAAUCCAAUCAUAUACAGCUUUUGGGACCAUAGAUUUCGUAAAGAAACUAAGCUGCUACUUAAAAAACUAACGUGUUGUAUUAAACGAGAUGGCCGGAGAAAUGCAGAUAAUGAGACCAAUCACAGUGUAUUAGCAACGUCAGUAGGAUUUUCGAAGUGUACUGAAGCAGUUACUAUGAAAUAGUGAAAAUGUUUUAUAUCCAGUCAGAAUAAUAUACUUGUAAUUGUCGUUUUUUGUAGUUUUGGCGGUUAGUUUGUGUCACUUUAUAAUGUUUUUAGAAUAUAACCUGUUCACUUGGCUAUUAACAGUAAUAUCUGAAGACCACUAUUUUUUACAGCUUUUUGUAUUGACAUAUUGAAUAAAUCACCUGUACCUUAUUAAUGCAUUAUGUAUUUAUC